GCGUGUGUGCGAGUCCUGCGGGUGGCCUAUAAAAGGGCUGUCGCAUCGGCAGGAUCUUGCAGUUGGCGCUGAGUUGCGCAUACGACGCGUGUGCCCGCGGAGAAAAUAAAAACCGAACGAGGAGAACCGCCACCAAGUGCAGUGCAGUGAUGAGUGCCUCCGGAAAGAGUCUUCUGGGCCUGUGGCUCUACAGGAGCGGCGAGCAGGAGUGGGCCGUCAAGCAGGGCAGUCCCUUGCACCAGCUGAAAAAGGAUACCAAUUCCGGAUCACCGCACCCGAAUCAUCCGAAUCUCGCCAGGCACUCAUCAGCUCCGCCGGAGCCUCCGAGGCUGGCCAUCGGUGGCGGUGUCGGCCAGGACAAUGCCAGGCAGCAUUCCCCCGGCGACCGCAUCUCCAUCAUCUUCACCCUGCGCAACCAGGUGGGCAAUCUGGCCAGAGCCCUGCAGGUCUUCCAGGAGCUGGGCAUCAACGUCCUGCACUUGGAGCUCUCGCCGAUGGAGAUGGGCACCAACCAGGCGGACGUCCUCGUGGAUGUGGAGUGCGAUUCCCGGCGGCUCGACCAGGUGGUCAAGAUGCUCAACCGGGAGGUGGCUUCGGUGAACUACACCUCCGUGAACACGCACGGCUUGUCCAGGGCUCCAUCGCUAUCGGCCUGCUCCAGUUUUGAUUUCGGGGACAUGGUUUGGUUUCCGCGAAAGAUCUCCGACCUUGACAAGGCUCAGAAUGUCCUUAUGUACGGCUCUGAGUUGGAUGCCGACCAUCCAGGAUUCAAGGAUCCCGUUUACCGCAAACGUCGCGAACAGUUCUCGGCCAUAGCCAAUAACUUCAAGCAUGGCAACCCCAUUCCCCGAGUGCAAUACACACCUGAGGAGGUGAAAACUUGGGGCACUGUUUUCUUGGAGCUGCAUCGCCUCUACGUGUUGCAUGCUGUGCCGGAGUACAUGGACAACUGGCCGGAGUUGGAGAAGUACUGCGGCUAUCGCGAGGAUAAUGUGCCCCAGCUGCAGGAUGUGAGUGUUUACCUGAAGCGCAAGACGGGAUUCCAACUGCGACCCGUGGCAGGAUACCUCUCCCCAAGGGAUUUCCUUUCAGGACUCGCCUUUCGCGUUUUCCACUGCACCCAGUACAUACGACACUCAUCGGAUCCAUUCUAUACUCCCGAGCCGGACUGUUGCCACGAACUUCUUGGCCACAUGCCACUUCUGGCCAACUCGAGUUUUGCCCAAUUCUCGCAGGAGAUUGGCUUGGCCUCGUUGGGAGCAAGUGACGCGGAUAUCGAGAAGCUGGCCACGCUCUAUUUCUUCACUGUGGAAUUUGGUUUGUGCAAGCAGGCGGACAGCACCUUCAAAGUUUAUGGAGCCGGACUGCUGAGUUCCGUGGCUGAACUGCAGCAUGCGAUCACGGCGGAAGACAAGAUAAAGAAGUUCGAUCCGGAGCUGACUUGCCAGGAAGAGUGUAUCAUCACCUCCUACCAGAACGCCUACUACUACACCGAUUCCUUUGAGGAGGCCAAGGAGCAGAUGAGGGCCUUUGCUGAAAGUAUCCAGCGACCGUUUGGAGUGCGUUACAAUCCUUACACGAUGAGUGUUGAGGUCCUGUCGAAUGCCCAGAAAAUCACCGCUGUGGUCAGCGAACUCCGAGGGGAUCUGAGCAUCGUCUGCUCGGCCUUGCGAAAGAUCUCCGCAACGGAUGAGAAUCUGGAUGUGGACAGCAUCGCCAACAUGCUCCACACUAGUCUCAAAGUAAGGGGCGGGGCAUCGGGAGGCGGAGGAAGUCCUUGCAGUCCGGAUAACUCGGACAAUUCCACUGCAGAGGGCGACUAGGAAUGGAAAUGCACAAAAAACAGUACAGAUAUUCGGGACCACAAAGCAGUAUGGUUCGCUUACCAAAGUAUUCUACUUCAAACUCAAAAUUAGUAUGAAUUAAAAAGAUUAAAUAAAAUUAUUAACCAAUUCAAAAUGUAAUAUGUUUCAGUAAACGAAAUUUUUUCAAAUAUUUCAUCAUCAAAGCGUACCAAAAUAAAUCCGAAUUAAGAAGCUAGAAAUGUAUUCCCUCAAUCUACGUAACUCUUGAAUAUCUGAUUACAAAUAAGCGAACUGUACUGCACGUUAACUUUUACAAUAUAAAGAAGUAUCUAUGUCUAUGUCUAGCAGUUGUUUAUUCAGAUCUUAACGCUAUGUAAAAACUAUAGUAACAAUAAACUCGCAACCUCUCGGUGUAGCUGCCCUA